AUGGCUUCGAACACCCUCGCUGAUGUUGCAGAUGAUGCACCUAAUUACCAAGUACGUGGUGUUGAACAAGUUUCUCCAAACACCGGAACGAAGAGAUAUAUUCCGGAUUCACCCUCUUCGUUGACGCCAGCAGAGGGAAUGUUAUUCGACACAGUUGAUGACGCGUAUAACUUUUAUAAAACUUACGCAGAAGCGGGAGGUUGGACUGUAAGGAAGGGCACACAGCACGAGAACCGUGGUAUUGUUAUAAACAAGUACUUUUUCUGUUCAAAGGAGGGUCAAAAAGACUUUCGACCAGUUGAUACUUUAGUAGAUCAGCCGUCCGAUAGGUGGGUACGUAGGGUACCAUCAAAAAGGACCGGAUGCCAGGCUGCGAUCAGAAUAAAACUUACCGAUGCUAAGAAGUAUUUGCUUUAUCAUUUUAUAGAGGCGCACAACCACGAUUUUGUGCAUGAAGAAGAUUUACAUCUUCUCAAGGAAAACAGGGGUAUUAAUCGUGCACACGAAGAGAUGAUAAACAAGAUGUCACAUCUCAACAUCGGGCCUGUUCGUGCAUUUAACAUUAUGAAGGAAGUGUAUGGUGGGUUCGACAAAGUCGGUGCUACCAAAGUCGAUUUUAAAAAUUUCAAGAAGGAGUUAAAUCUUUUUAUCGGAGAGUUUGAUGCGGAAAUGUUUGUCAAGCGUUUGAUGAGAAAAAAGGAGUUUUUACCGAACUUCUCUUGUGAAUAUGAAACCACAGACGAAGGUGUGUUGAAGUGCAUUUUUUGGGCCGACGAGGAUAUGAAGAGAAAUUAUUAUAUGUUUGGGGACGUUAUAUCAUUUGAUGCUACAUACAGGCGUAACAAGUAA